CACUUCUUUCUGAUAAUCCUGAGGAUGUGGCAGCAGACUGAGUUCUUCUUUGUCAUUCUGUCGGUGAUCAUCCCAGGGUCUCUCUCGGUUUCCUGGAACAUGGUGGUCUCCGGGGAGGUCACUGUCUCCAGAGGAGAAGACGCCGUCCUCGGCUGCUCCUUCACUCAUCCCCGACAACAGCACUAUUCUGGGAGGAUCACGGUCAAAUGGCUGGCUAGAGUAUCAGAUGCUCUGCCGUUCUUCAGCUGUUCAGUUAAAAAUGACUCCAGGGAAGAAUUCAGCAGCUGCUCAUCUUCUGGAAUCAAAUAUUCCCUGGAUGGAGAUCCUCGGCGGGGGGAGUUGUCCCUCCUCGUGAAGAAGGUACAGCUGAUUGAUAACGGUUGGUUCUUCUGCCGAGUGGAGCUGGACGGCCAGUGGGAUAAUUUCCAGAAACACGUGCGGCUUUAUGUAACAGGUGAACCCCUGAUCCUGAGCCUCUUAGUGGUGGAGACACCCUCCGGCUCAGACAGCGCCCGCAGGAGGCUGCAGUGUGAGGUGGAGGGCCAGCCACUGCCUAGAGUCGUCUGGCUGUCGGCCUCCAGGAGCCUGAUUGAGAACCAGGUCCAGACCUCUCAGACCGGUCUGUACCGACUGAUCAGCUCUGUGCCGUACCCGGAGGAGGAGGCGUUGACCUGCAGGGCGGAGGGCGAGCUGGGCGGAGCAGAGCGGACCUAUCCGGCCAGCGAUACUCUGAUGAUAACGCUGACCGUGUGUGGCGUCCUGCUGCUGCUGCUGCUGCUGCUCUCUACGGGCGUCAUCAAGCACCUGAGAAGAACCAGAGCGGAGAAUCGUCGACAGCGAGCCUCCGCCUCUCCAGCCGAUGGCGAAGCUGAGAAUCAUCUGGUUUACUCAGCCAUCACCCUGAGGAGCUCCACCAACGCUCCACCUGCUAAUUUCAAACGCUCCACACGGCAACAUGAGGAGCCAGGUGUCCUGUACUCUUCUGUGAACGUUCAGUAGCGAGGAGCAGCGAGGAAUCUCCCUUCAAUACGUGAAACUAAAAUCAUGUGAUAUUUGCAUGUUUUCUGAAAUACUGCACAUAGUUGUACAUAUGUUUUAAGGUUUUCUUUUGUAUGUUUUGCCGAUUUUAUUGGUCUCGUUCUCAUGUGCGUCACUUACGAUCAGUGGUUUAAUAAAGAGCCUCUCCUGACACGUUUGUCUUACUCACUUCCUGAUCUUUCUCUCCAACACUGGCAAGGCUCCACGUGCCUCUCGUGAAACCCCGUAUCAAAGUCUCAGCUCUCUCGACUCAAACUUGCGCUGAAUGCAGAUUACCCUCGUGGUUGUGCUUUGCGCUCCAGAAUCAGGUCAUCCAGAU